GCGGCACGCAAGUGCUUCGUCCUCGGCAAAUCUUACCUAAAAUGUGUUCUGCGAUGUGCUCCGUCCCUUUUCGAGAAGGAUUUCUGGGACGCGUUCAAUUCAAACAGCAAACAUUUUGCCCUGGCUCCUCCUCUACAGAAGCUGUUCAGGAAGCAUCCGUUAUGUAGAAGGCACAAGAACUCUGCAUCUGGGCCGCGUUCAACUAAGUCCUGGCAAAUGAAAUGAAUGGCCACCGAAUUUAGCGAUUGGACGCACGAGGCUGGCAACCUAUGGACCUUCCGGGACGACGCAGGGGGACAACAAUGGCGGCCGAGUGUUGGCACAACAAUGGAGGAUCGCUCUCUCGCUCUCGGCGUCCUGGAGGACGAGUAAUAGCCGUACACUGUAAAAAAGAUGAGCCGAAACCGGAACCGCGCGCAUCAGCGGCGCAGGGAGGACUGCGCCAGACUUGUGCCCGUUACUUCAAAAAGGUUUACAACAGGCCCAGCAGUCAACAAAAAGUACACUGGAUAUUUCCAGCAAAGCAGAACCCGCGCUCAAAAGCGAGCAGCCAGCGACACAUCAGAGUGGCGGUGCCCUGUUUGCAAAGGACGGUGUAG